AUACUUACCUUCUCAACCAAAAGACAAGGACGAGGCUAUCAAUGACUAAUACCAGUAUCUUUAUUUUACAACAUCUACUACCUACGUACCUACUUCUGGACCCAGUUAUCUAGCCUCCAUCUCACAACUUGAUCUAUAAAUAUAGAAUCUUCACCGAUAAAGUGUGAAACAUGUCUCUGACCGUCCUCUCCGACGAACAGAUUCGAUGUUUACUGGAGAAUCUAAGCCGUGAAGAAGCAGAAGGCUUUAUUUAUACCUUAAGAAAUGCUCUCCAUGAGUACUCAACCGGCACGCAGUCGAUUGCAGAUGGCGUUGUCCACCAACCCGAGCGGACGUCAGUGCAUUCUAAUACCACCGGUGCCACCACACUGUUCAUGCCAUCGUAUAGUGCUCUUGGCCAUGCAGUGAAGGUUGUAACGCUAUCGUCACCAUCAUCUGAUCCCACACUGCCUGCUAUCACGCCUACGGGGUCGGUGACUCUUUACUCUCCUCUGGGACCACCUCUUGGCUUCCUCAAUGCCAAGACCUUGACUGCUUUUCGUACGGCCUUGGCCUCCUCUUGUCUCCUCAUGAAACGGACUUCAGUCCGUACCUUGACUGUCUUUGGUUCGGGCCUGCAAGCAUACUGGCAUAUCCGCUUGGCACUGAUGCUGCGCGGUGACACCAUUCGCCAGAUAUACAUCAUCAACCGUCGAUUCAGCGAGACGGCAAGGGACAUGUUCAAGAAAAUCUACGGUAUUCCUACGGAGAUUAAGCAGCGUGAAGGAUGGGACCAGGCACAGUUCAGCCUCCUAACUCCCGGCUAUGGCGAAUUUGAUAGACUGCAGAGAGACCAUUUGAGGGCGGCGGACGUUAUCUACUGCUGUACGCCAAGCACCGACGACUUGUUUGACGCGAGCAUCCUGACAAACCACGAGGGACGUAGGAAGGGCAGAUUGAUCGUGGCGGUCGGGAGUUACACGCCGCAGAUGCAUGAGCUGCCUCGAGAAUUGCUCCUCCAGGCCACCAAAAGCCACAUGCCCGGUCAUCUUCACUAUCACAAGCAUGCGACGGAAGGAGGAGUCAUCGUCGUAGACACACUAGACGGCGCACUGAAAGAGGCGGGCGAAAUCGUCGACGCCGGCCUAGAGCCUAAGCAGCUCGUCGAACUAGGUGAGUUAGUCAUGAUCCACCGACUAGCUAGGGAAGAGGAAGAGGAACCACUGGCUUCACAAAGCUCCACGGAAACGUCGUCUAUAAGCGACUCCCUCGACAAACUCGACAUCGCGUCGUCCAGCACGGCCAUGUCCACCGUCUCCGGCUCCUCGUCGCGGAGCCCGAGCCGGCGCGGCAGCAGCAGCGGUCUCUCGCUCCCCUUCCGCCGACGCAGUUCGAGCCAACUGGCCCCCGACGACCUGGGACAACAUAAGCAAUCGCAACAACCGCAACAGCCGCACGGCCGCGACAACCAUCUGUCGCGCUGGCUCUCGGUCGGCAACGUCAUAUACAAGAGCGUGGGGCUAGGGCUCAUGGACCUCGUAGUGGGGUUCGAAAUCGUGCGGCUGGCGCAGGAGAAGGGUCUGGGCAGCCACGUCGAGGGUUUCUCUUCGUAGUGCGGAGAGGACGCUCGGCCCCUGAUGGCGCAUAUGAUGAGUG